GUCCCCGAUUACCGAAGUGUAGCAUACAUCAUUUCAACUCCGGUAUCUUCGAAAGCCAGCUGUCUCAUCUUUCAACACUUUCAUCCUGUUCACACCGCAGCAACACACCGCACCCAUGGACUUUGUUCUAGUACUAGGAGGGGGGCUUACCACGUCACCGACAUUAUCGUCCAUAGACGAUAACUUCGACAGAGAAGUUCAGACAGAGGUCAUGACAGAGGUUAAGACAGAUAUUCCAUGCUGGAAAGCAUACUCUCCAGCACUGCCAAACAACGCUCUGGACUCACUAUACAGUAUGGAUAUCGAUUCUGUAUCACUGAUGCACUCCGAACCUGCUCUUUAUGGCGACUUUAUGGGCUUCAACAACCAUCAAGCAUUAGAACAACAUCCCUUCUCAGAUAAUUUAGUGUCCUGCUUCAAUGUGUCACCUCCCUAUUACCCGCUACAGUAUCAACGACAGGACGAUACUUCGCUUUGGGGCAACCCGUCCGAGAACUCUUUGGCCUUUCUGGAUGAACCUGAUUCUGUACUGGCAGCGACGACAGAUGUCUUUCUCCAAGACCAGAACAAACAUCCACUACUAUAUCCGUGCAACAACGCGAGGGACCACCUGCGGAUGAAGAGUGCGCAGCGGGAACCCAGCGUUGUGCACCAUGUCCAGAACAGAGGAGUGUCCCUAAGAGGCAAAUUCGAACCUGGUGCUAUAGCCUCAAUACCUUCAGCACAACAUAAAUGCCAAAUGCUUGCAUGUGCAUCAAAGAAUGCGGGAAAGAAAGGUUACAAACGAGCGGAGCAUUUGAAGCGCCACAUUAAAUCGCGAGUUCUCCUUCAGCAGUCUAAACUUCAGGAGUAACAGCUAAUCCCGACUUAGGACACACA